AGUCCGGGUCCAAACAACCCGAGCAUGAUGCGGCAGCGCCGGCAGGGAAGUGGCGCGGCGCUUGGUCUUUAUGGGGUCGCUGCUUCAAUCCUGGCAAGGCUGGAGCGUCGGGAAGGUUCCCUUAAGACUCUCGUCUAUGGAAGUCACUUCCCGAAUACCCGGCUGCUCUAUGCACUCAUUUCAGAAACACUUCGCUAUUCUUCUGUACUGGAUUCCAUCAUAGAUGCUGCUGGUUUGUUCUGUGCUGAAAAAAAGCUGCAGCCACAUCUGGCCAAGGUGCUGGUAUAUGACUUACUCAUUGGCAAGGGGCUUCGUGGUGGAGGACGUGGGAAGGUCCUAGUAUUGAAGCAUCAUGCACGUCUCCAGGCUGAGCUUGCCCGCUUGAAAGUCCAGAAAAAAGUGAGCCGCAAUGAAGAUCUUCUGCCACCAGCUGGAGACUCGGACAAAGCACUUCAGAUGCCGCGCUAUGUACGGGUGAACUUACUGAAGACAUGUGUGGAUGAUGUCGUUGAUUACUUCAAACGCCAGGGUUACUCUUACCAGGGCAAAGCAGGCCGUAUGGAGGAAGUGAUCUUAUCCGGGAAGAAAUUCCUGCUGGACCUCCAUCUUCCUGACCUGCUGAUCUUCCGUCCUCAGACAGACCUUCAUGAGAACCAGCUCUAUCAGGCUGGACACAUCAUUCUCCAGGACAAAGCCAGCUGCCUCCCUGCCUUUCUCCUGAAUCCUACUCCAGGGUCCCAUGUGAUCGAUGCCUGUGCUGCUCCUGGCAAUAAAACCAGCCAGCUGGCUGCCAUCAUGAAGAACAAAGGACAGAUCUUUGCCUUUGAUCUCGAUGCCAAGCGGCUGGCCACCAUGAGCACUAUGUUGGUACGGGCAGGGGUCACCUGCCAUCAGCUGACACACCAAGACUUCUUAGCAACAGAUCCCACUGACUCCAAGUACAGCAAAGUGAGAUACAUUCUCCUGGAUCCUUCAUGCAGCGGUUCGGGUAUGGUCAACCGCCUGGCAGAGGAGGAAAGCACCUCCCUGCCUAUGCGACUGCAGGCACUUGCUGGGUUCCAGCGAAAAAUGCUGGCACAUGCAUUGCAGUUCCCUGCCCUUCAACGGCUGGUUUAUUCCACAUGCUCGGUGCACAAAGAGGAGAAUGAAGAUGUGGUGAAAGAUGUGUUGGAGCAGGAGGGAGAAGCCUUCAGAUUGGUAGAAGUCCUGCCAUCCUGGACCCCUCGUGGCUUGCCUGUUUUUCCUGAAGCUAAGUGCUUUCUCCGAGCAUCGCCAGAAGAAACGCUGACUAAUGGAUUCUUUGUAGCAGUGUUGGAAAGGAAGCAGCACACAGAAGCACGUGCUGCAAGUUCUGCAGUGCUGCUUUCAGAGGCUGGCAGUAAAUUAGAAACAAAUCCCAAUCCGGCAACCAGGAAACGAAAAAAGAAGAAACAGAUGGCUUUUCCAAAUAAGUGACAUUCUUUAGAAGCUUACUGGUCUUUAUCAAUGGAGUUUGCAAGGGAAAGACCUUGGAUGGAAAUAAAAGUCAACUUUUCAGUCAGUCAGUGUGGACAUACUGAAAUGGGAACUUGCAGAA